GAUGUCUGAUUUAUUUAAAGCUCUCCCUCUCCCUCUUUCCAGUAAGUUCAAUUGUAUAAUUCAUUUUCUACUUCACAAUCAAACUCGCCCUUCUUCUCCAUGGCGUCACAAACAACACCGUUUUCCCAAACCAAAAUCCUUCUUUACAACAAGCCCCGUAUUUCACUCUCACCAUCCCCUCAAUUUCACUCAAAUUUUUCCACACCGAAGUUAAACUUUCACAGCGGGACGCGCCCUAUGAAAGCUGUUGUUAUCUCGGCGACAACAGCAGAAAAGGCGAAGAAGCGGUACCCAGGCGAGUCGAAGGGUUUCGUGGAAGAGAUGAGGUUUGUAGCUAUGAGGUUGCAUACAAGAGACCAAGCUAAAGAAGGUGAGAAAGAAGUUAAACAAAUUGAAGAGAGAGCCGUUACCAAGUGGGACCCUACCAUUGAUGGCUACUUGAAGUUCCUUGUUGACAGUAAACUGGUUUAUCAUACGCUGGAGAAUAUUGUUCAAGUUUCUGCUUUUCCUUUCUAUGCUGAGUUUAGAAAUACUGGAUUGGAAAGGUCUGCAAGUUUGGCCAAAGACUUGGAGUGGUUCAAGGAGAAAGGCUAUACCAUUCCUGAACCUUCCUCUCCUGGUCUUACAUAUGCGCAGUAUCUUACAAAUUUAUCUCAGAAGGACCCACAAGCUUUCAUUUGUCACUUCUACAACAUCUACUUUGCUCAUACAGCAGGCGGUCGAAUGAUUGGGAAAAAGGUUGCUGAAAAGUUACUUAACAACAAGGCUUUAGAGUUCUAUAAAUGGGAUGGUGACCUUUCUCAGUUGUUGCAGACUGUAAGAGAUAAGUUGAAUAAAGUUGCUGAAGAAUGGACUCGAGAAGAGAAGAAUCACUGUCUAGAAGAAACAGAAAAGUCAUUCAAGUUCUCAGGAGAGAUUCUCCGUUUAAUUCUAUCAUGAUAAUUGGGCCCUAUCUAUCUUUAUAAUAAUGUUUAUGUGUAUUGAAAUACAUGGCAGAAGCCAAUAACAUUGUUUCAUAUGCAUAUAUUUUUUUUUACGCUCGCAUGUAUAUAUAUGUAUUUUAAUUUUCAAUUUGUCAAUGAAUAAUAGAACUGAUGAUACAAUGAUAUUAACAUUGUUCAGGGGAUUGACCUUUAAAUCUUUAGAUAAGUAUCAAAGAUUGUAAUACAUUCAAAUAGUGUAAUUAACAAUGCUGUUUUACAAAA